AUGGUGAAAUGGUCGCAGGAUGAACAUGGCACGGGCGUCGUGACUUCCACCAAUACGUUGGACAAACGAUCCGCAGAAUACAUCCUGAAAUCGGGGCUUGCCGGUGGGAUGGCUGGGUCUGUGGCAAAGACAUUAGUUGCACCAUUGGAUAGAAUCAAAAUUCUGUUCCAAACUUCCAAUCCGCACUACCUUAAAUAUUCCGGCUCGAUGAUGGGACUUGUACGUGCUGGAAGUCAUAUUCGACUCAACGACGGCAUACGCGGAUUUUAUCAAGGCCACUCGGCGACUCUAUUGCGAAUCUUCCCCUAUGCAGCUAUCAAAUUCAUCGCUUACGAACAAGUGCGACAUGUGCUUAUUCCGUCAGCUCAAUACGAAACUUCAUGGCGUAGAUUGGCGAGCGGAUCGAUCGCUGGACUUUGUAGCGUUUUUGUCGCUUACCCGUUAGAUUUGAUUCGAGUUCGUUUGGCUUACGUCACAGACCAUCGUCGCAUCAAGAUGUGGCCCAUUGUUAAACAGAUUUUCAACGAACGGGCGUCAGAUUCUCUCACUUCCAAACCAUUUAUACCCAGUUGGUUUGCCCAUUGGAGCAAUUUUUAUCGUGGUUUCACACCAACCAUUCUUGGCAUGAUCCCGUACGCAGGCGUGUCGUUUCUUGCGCAUGACAUUUUAGGUGACGUUUUCAGAAGCCCGUUGAUAGCACCUUAUUCAGUUUUACCUGUCUCCGAAACGAAACGGACAGAGCAGACUCGCAAAAGAGGUGGUCCGCCUCUUAAAUCCUGGGCUGAAUUGGCCGCAGGUGGACUUGCAGGGAUGGCUUCGCAAACAGCGGCAUAUCCCUUUGAGAUUAUUAGAAGACGACUCCAGGUGAGUGUUGUAUCUCCAUCUUCCAUGCACAAUUUUCAAUCGAUACCGCAAAUGUUUAGAAUCAUAUAUCAAGAACGCGGCUGGAGAGGGUUUUUUGUCGGUCUAAGCAUAGGAUAUAUCAAGGUCACUCCCAUGGUUGCUUGCAGCUUUUUCGUUUACGAACGCAUGAAAUGGCACUUUGGGAUAUGA